AGACGAGUCUCGACUAUAUAUAAGGGAGGACUCUUGAAAACUUGUCUCAGUCGAAGGGCUCCUCGAUACUGGUGGUUAGUGCAGACUAGACCUCGCAUCGCAAAACCGCAAAAAUGUGUGACGACGACGCUUCCCCUCUUGUGGUUGACAACGGCUCCGGCAUGGUCAAGGCCGGUUUCGCCGGUGAUGACGCUCCCCGAGCUGUGUUCCCCUCCAUCGUCGGCCGCCCCCGUCACCAGGGUGUCAUGGUCGGCAUGGGUCAGAAGGAUGCCUACGUCGGUGACGAGGCCCAGAGCAAGCGAGGUAUCCUUACUCUGAAGUACCCCAUCGAGCACGGUAUCAUCACCAACUGGGAUGACAUGGAGAAGAUCUGGCAUCACACCUUCUACAAUGAGCUCCGUGUUGCCCCUGAGGAAUCCCCUACUCUCCUUACGGAAGCUCCUCUCAACCCCAAGGCUAACAGAGAGAAGAUGACACAAAUCAUGUUCGAAACUUUUGGGUGUCCUGCUACUUACGUCGCCAUUCAGGCGGUGCUUUCCCUCUAUGCUUCCGGUCGCACCACCGGAAUUGUUCUUGACAUUGGCGAUGGUGUGGCCCACAGUGUUCCUAUUUACGAAGGGUUCGCCAUCAAGCAUGCUAUAGGUCGUCUCGAUCUCGCUGGCCGAGACCUAACUAAUUAUCUUAUGAAAAUCCUCACGGAGCGCGGAUACUCGUUCACCACAACCGCUGAAAGGGAGAUCGUGCGAGACAUCAAAGAAAAACUUUGCUACGUCGCGCUUGAGUUUGAAGAGGAACUUAGGCAAGCAGGAGCAAGUUCUGGCUUAGAAAAGUCCUACGAACUUCCUGAUGGUCAAGUGAUCACCAUAGCUAAUGAAAGAUUCCGUUGCCCAGAAACCUUGUUUCAACCUUCUUUCAUUGGCAUGGAAUCAGUUGGUAUCCACGAAUUCACCUAUAACAACAUUAUGAAAUGCGACAUCGACAUCCGCAAGGACCUUUACGCGAACAUCGUCAUGUCGGGUGGCACUACCAUGUAUCCCGGCAUUGGUGAUAGAAUGCAAAAGGAGAUCACUAGUCUGGCUCCUGGAACCAUCAAGAUCAAAAUCAUUGCUCCUCCUGAACGUAAAUACUCUGUCUGGAUUGGCGGUUCGAUUUUGGGAUCGCUGUCCACCUUCCAGUCCAUGUGGAUCACAAAAGACGAGUAUGAUGAGGCAGGACCUGCCAUUGUGCAUAGAAAGUGUUUCUAAACAUACGGGUUUUCAGACUACGCACACUAUAGGUUUUCGUUUCUUUCAUUUGAUUUAUUUAAUAUUCUAGUUGACUCUCAUGCCAUGAUUGUACAACCUCUUUUACUUACUUUUAUUUACAUGCGCGUCGAAAAGUUAUUUUAUCUUUAUGUAACUAGUUAUGUGAUGUUUAUUGUGUAAUGUUCGUUCAGAAACUUUUGGGAGCGCUCCCUAAUUUCCCAUCUUUGUUCUCACAUGAUCAAAUAAAUUAUUUUAUAA